UGCGCAUUUCGAUCUCAACGCUACGCUCAUAAACAACAUUUUUUUCAAUCGACAAUCACCAUCGGAUUAUCACGUUCAGAGGAUUACGUGACUCUAGCAUGCGGUGACGUCACUAACACUUUUCUGAAAGAACGCUGCAGGACGAUAAUGGCGGAAUUGUAUGCAAAAUACAACUGCACGUACUGUCAGGAGGACAUUACAGGGCUGCGUGUAAAAUGCGUCGAAUGCCAAGAAUUCGAUCUCUGCCUGCAGUGUUUUUCUGCUGGUGCCGAAAUUGGACAACACAAGAACAACCAUUCGUAUCAGUUUAUGGACUCUGGUACAAUUAGUAUAUUCAGUGGGCGAGGGAAUUGGACAGCUAGAGAACACCUUCGGUUACUGGAUGCAAUUGAACAAUUCGGCUUUGGUAAUUGGGAAGACAUCAGCAAACAUAUAGAGACACGAACCCCAGAAGAGGCUAAAGAGGAGUACAUGGCCAGAUACCUCGAUGGAAACAUUGGUAAACAUACCUGGCCGCCAACGGAGAGCUAUAAACCAAAUCUUACUGAUCAAACAAGCUCGGAUCAUGGACCAUUGUCACCUGAUCUUACGUCUAGGCUUCCUCCCUUAGAUAUCACACCAGAAGAAGCUGCGCAGCUGGGAUAUAUGCCGCAGAGAGAUGACUUUGAACGAGAUUACAAUCAUGAGGCAGAGUCACUCGUUUCGUCGCUCUUCUUGAAUCCAGCAGAAGACGAUGACCUCGACAUUGCACUUAAAUUAGCCCACGUUGAUAUGUACACAAAUAACCUACGAGAAAGAGCGAGACGAAAACGCGUGGUUCGUGAUUAUCAACUAGUAUCCCAAUUUUUUGCCUCGUCCAGAAAAGAAAAGGGAAUCAAGAAAAAGCCGACGAGAGAAGAAAAAGAUUUCAGCGAACGUUUGCGGGUUUUUGCUCAGUUUUACACUGCCCAGGAAUACGAGCAAUUUCUUGCAAACUUAGAGAGAGAACGGGAACUUAGAUUGCGUCUAUCAGAACUCUAUCGUUACCGAGAAAAUGGAAUAACAAGGCAUGAAGAAUGCACGCACUUCGAGCAAGUAAUGGUCCAGACACAGGGUUCCACUGAAGCGACAGAUCACUGGUCUGAAAAAAAAUCUGGCAGCAGUGGGCCGUCCACGCCAACACUCCGCCACACCUCAAAAAGAAGAGACGACGAAAAAAAUCACUCUUUCAUCGACCGAAAGUACACGUCAAAAGAAUCAGCCAGCAGCUCCAAAGUAGUCAAUCCCAAUCGGACGACGACUCAAGUCAGUCAGUCGGUGGAGCUGGAUAGCACGUCGAAUUAUUUAUCACAAAAAUCUGGUGGCUCAUCAUCAACGAAGACAUCAGACAAAAGAGACAUAGAGGUGGAGGCUGCAGCUCAUCUGCUUACAAACCAGGAAAAAUCCUUGUGUCUUCAGCUUGAUCUUAAACCCACACAGUAUUUAACACAAAAAACAUUGUUAUUACAGGAAUAUCUUAGUGGUAAUCGGAAAUCUACUAUAAUUCCUCAAUCAGAGCCAGAAAACAGAAUUCUUCAUUACCUCGUAACGAAUGGUUGGAUUGCAGCCAAUUAAUUUCCCCCUCGAGUCAGUCUCCGCAAGCCUAAUAAUUCUCAUCUCUAAGUCACAAUCAACAUUACCCUAGCAAGCAGCUGUAAUUAAUUUAUAAAAAUCAUCAAUCUGAUUGUUUUCCUGUAACAGAGGAAAAAUAAUAAUGGAGGUGAAAAACGGGUAGGAAAGAGUCAGAAGUUUCAACUAAGUACGUCCGGGACUGUGAUUAAGAUUAAGAAAAAAAAAAGAUGUGAAAGGUACGACGAAUAGACUAUUUCAUUAAUUUUAUCCAUAAAUUUGGCAAUUGGUGGAAUGGUAAAACCCCAUAAACACAUAUCGAAUUUUUACUUUGAUUCUUUAUCUUCUCUUGAGAAUAAUUAACAUUUGGAACAUCAUUCGGACAAACACCGUGGAUGAAAUUCCCUCUGUCAAAAAUGCCUUUUGAUAUUUCUUCCUGUACCAAUCUUGAUCACUACUUAUUUUUCUCUCCUGUUCUUCCCCUUUCUCCUUGCCAUAAUGAAGACCUAUAUGCAAUUAUAUCGUAAUGAGAGAAAUAUCAAAAAGCUUUUUUCAUUCCCGACGAAUUUUCGGGUAAUUAUGGAAAUAAAUUACAUCCUAAUAUAUUAUGAUUUACGAUUCCGCCAUUAGUGUAACAAUUAAGUACAGUUUUUAAUAAAUUUGUUUGAUUUCUGUUCAAAGCCUUAAUCCAUUGCUCAAUGUAAUCUUCCAAACGAUUUUUUAACAGUUAUUAACUUCGUGAAUUCAGGAAGAGAUAAAUAAAAUCAGAUAAUUUUCUUCGAUUAUCGAAAAUUCUUCAUGAAAAUGUAAACAAAAUUGUCCACCCCAUAUAUUGCACAGAGUAAACUUGAAAAUUUUCAAGGACAAAAUAAUAGAUCAGAUGGCAUAUUCCAUUCAUUAAUUUCUUCCUCAAAAUAUUUAUGCCGAUGAAAUAUUAUUCGGCUGUCGCAUUAAUAACUUCCCACCUCAAUUUUUUUUAUCAAGAAUAAUUCAACCGUCUCAUAAUUAAAAAUUUUUAUCCAAUGAAGCAAUCCAAAUAUUCACCUAUCACUGAUUAUUCAUUUGAUGAUUCAUUUGAGAUGACGCAAUUGUAAAAACUCUAAGGAUUAUGGCAACUAUAUUUUCCACUGUAAUUAACAUCGCCAUAAGACCUUUGAAUUCACCUAUAAAUAAAUGAAAUUGGGGAAAACAGGAGAAUCAAGUAAUUAUGAGCAAUUUCUGUUGCAUGAAUCUCCUGACGUGUGAUGUUUGAAUAUAUUCGUCAAAAAUAUCUUUUGAUAAUUUUCCGAAAUAUUGCUCAUCAAUAAAUCUUUUCAAUAUUCGUCAAUAAUCAACAUGAUUUUUUUUUAACUCGACAACGGAAAGAGUGAGCUUUGGAAAUAUAUUAGACCGUUAUUGUUUAUUGAAUAAAAAAUCUCUAUAGGAAUGCUCUUCUUUCAAUUAAUAAUUUACUUAAAAAAAGCACUUGACCUUGUUCUCCAAAGUCACUCACUUUCGAGCUAAAUAGCUUGUCAUCUCCUGUUCUUCAACCACUUCCAAUUGAAAAUUAAAUUUCAAUUAAUAUGUGAAACCUAAAAUAAAAAGCUCCACGCUUAUUAAAUAUUUAAAUAUGAAUUAAGUAGAGACUCAUAACUUUUCUUGAUUAAUUGAUGGUGUAUUCUACUCAAUUACUCAUAGAAUCAAUUACACAUAACUAGUGAUGACGAGAAUCACUGAGGACUGACACGAACGGUCAGAAUUGUAUAUGACUUGUACAAUGAAAGAUAAAUAUUAUAACUAGUAGCAAAAAUUAACAAUUUUCGGGGAUUUUCUAAAUAGUUUUACAAAAUUCCUUUAUCAAAUCAUUCUGUAAAUAUUUGAUGAAUUUAUUUACUUUACAAUUUUUCUAGAUAAAUUAUUGUCCAUUUAUGUAACAGUCUUUAGUAAUUUUUUCUUUUUUCGGUUCUUCAAAUUCACCUUUGAUAGAGGCUGUUAAUUAUAGAUUAAGCUUGUAUGUGUUCAAGCGAAUAAAAGGGAGAAUGUUUAAACAAUGUUUAAACGAGUGAUGGAUGUCAUGAUGUUGUAAUCGCGACAGUACCUGAGAAAAGGAAAGGUGUUGAAGAUGUUUAAUGUUAGAAAGUGAAAAGAAUAUUUAAUUGUCACAUAUUUUGAUCGAAUUAAGAAUUACGCUUUU